AAAAACCUUGUGAUUGUAUACGAAGAAGACAACAUUGUUUCAGGAUUAAAAAAAAAAAAAAAUACACGACAAGGAAGAAACUUAUUUCAGGGGAAAAAAAAAAGGGAAAAGCUUUGUAUUUUUUGGUUUGGCCCGCGAUGGAGACCAGACCAACCGGCGCUGCCCUGGGUGGUGACGAUCUAUCCCAGUCGUCACGUGCAACUGCCAUAUCGCGGUGGACCUUCGAGGUAUCGCGGCGGUACCAGCACGUCCUCGAUAAGACGGUCCCGCACAUUCUCAACCGUUGGAUCGGAUGUCUCGCCGUGGCGUUGAUCUACGCUGUACGCGUAUAUUUUGUCCAGGGCUUCUACAUCAUCACCUACGGCCUCGGCAUCUACUUGUUGAAUCUCCUUAUCGGGUUCCUUUCUCCUCAGGUGGACCCCGAGAUGCAGGAUGGCCCCACGCUCCCCACGCGUGGAUCCGAUGAGUUUCGCCCUUUCGUCCGCCGACUCCCCGAGUUCAAAUUCUGGUACUCUAUUACGAAGGCCUUCUGCAUUUCUUUUGUGAUGACAUUCUUCAGUGUGUUUGAUGUGCCUGUCUUUUGGCCAAUACUCCUUUUCUACUGGUUAAUGUUAUUCAUCCUAACCAUGAAGAAACAGAUACUACACAUGAUCAAAUACAAAUAUGUUCCUUUCUCGUUUGGGAAACAGCGAUAUGAUGGCAAGAAGUCCUCUUCAACAGAAAACAUGAACCUUCCUAGGGAUUAAAUUCCUCAGCUGAUUUUAGGAUUUGCUGGUAGUACAAAGUUGUCUCAAGGAUCAUCAGCCGCACAUUGCAUAAUUGUUCAUUUUUCCCAGCUUUUUACUGGAUUAGCUCUCAGAUGUAAUGGAGAAGUCUAGCUUAGAGAAACUAAAGUUAUUGCAAAGAAUGCUUUGUAAGGAAGGGACAGCAACAUUUUCUUGUCACCUGUACCUUCAUCCAAUGACAUGUACUUAACUGAAGAUAACACCAAUCAAGUAGUGUGGUUGGAUUACAUUAAAUGUGGUUUUGAAUUGUACUUUUGAAGUUGAAAUACCCUCUUCUUCCCUGGGGAUGCUUUUUACCUCAGCAAGCUCCAAAUAUUCUUGGAAUCUGGAUAUUCUAUUAUUCUUUUGCUUACA